GAUGUCUUGCCUUCUUGUGCACCACACACAGUCCCCAACUCCAAUUCUGUGGCGGCUAUAAGGUAGCUGAUAUCCCCCUUCCCCCCCUAAUUACCUCUCUCUCCAGUCAAAGAGGAUAGGAAUCAUGUCAAAUCCAAUUUCUAGCACAUUGGGCUCUCCGGAUGCGGAGAAACCUCUCUCUGUUGGCCCACAUGAGCACCAGCCAGCAUCAAAGAACCAACCCGAGGAUCUACAAAAGCUCAAUUCCAAGCUUGCGCACCCCCUCUCAGGGAUCCCACAUGAGGAGCUAAUGGAAAUGGGCGCUUCCUAUGCUCGCGAGAACGGUAUGGAAGACUUACAAGACGAGUUCAGGAAAGGAGCCCUUCUCGCUCAGAAACCUGAAGCCUUCGAUACAUUACCAUUAUUGACGGACGAUGACAAAUACUACCUACGAAGAGAAGUUACCCACAAGUGGAGUCACCCCAAGGACCUAUAUCAUAUGGUUGUAAUGUGUUCUAUGGCUGCGGCAGUUCAGGGAAUGGACGAAACCGUCAUCAACGGGGCUAACCUUUUCUUUCUCAAACAAUUUGGAAUUGAGAACCGAGAAUGGAUUGCUGGUCUCGUUAAUUCGGCACCAUAUUUAUCUUGUUUUACCGUCGGUUGUUGGUUAACCCAUCCUCUCAACAAGCAAUUCGGUCGUUUUGGUAUUGGCCCUAAGAGUUCGACUGUCCCGGUUUAUGCGGCGGAAUGCUCGCCGCCAGCAAUUCGAGGUGCUUUGGUUAUGAUGUGGCAGAUGUGGACUGCAUUUGGUAUCAUGUUGGGUUAUAUCGCCGAUGUUGCAUUUUACAAUGUCAAGGACCCACCCCAUAUAACCGGUCUCAACUGGCGUCUCAUGCUUGCCUCCGCUAUGGUCAUACCCUUGAUUGUUUGCUUUCAGGUCUAUUUCUGCCCUGAGUCCCCCCGUUACGAAAUGUUAAAGGGCCGCCAUAAGCGCGCUUUCGACUCGCUCGCUCGUCUACGAUGGACAAAGGUCCAAGCCGCUAGAGAUUUGUUCUACAUGCACACUCUUCUGAGGGUCGAAGCCGAGUUGAACAAGAAGAGUGGUUACAAGCUCGUCGAGUUCUUCACUAUUGGGCGUAACAGGAGAGCUAUGAUUGGUUCCGAAAUCGUUAUGUUUAUGCAGCAGUUUUGUGGAGUCAACGUUAUCGCAUACUACUCUUCGGUCAUCUUUAAGGAAUCUGGGUUUACUGUCAUCGAUUCCCUAUUGGCCAGUCUGGGCUUCGGAAUCAUUAACUUCCUGUUCGCUAUUCCUGCGGUGUAUACCAUUGAUACCUUCGGUCGCCGAUUCCUACUUCUUGUUACGUUCCCACUUAUGGGCCUCUUCCUGCUAUUCACUGGAUCUUCGUUCUGGAUUCCCGAUAGAGAGGCAAGGAUUGGAUGUGUUGCCCUUGGAAUUUAUUUGUUCGGGAUAGUGUACUCCCCUGGUGAAGGGCCGGUGCCAUUCACAUACUCAGCAGAAGCGUACCCUCUCUACAUCCGUGAUCUCGGUAUGUCACUCGCUACAGCGACGACAUGGGGUUUCAAUUGGCUGCUGUCGAUGACCUGGCUACCGCUUGUACGAGCAUUCAAACCACAAGGAGCCUUUGGAUAUUACGCAGCAUGGAAUGGUAUUGGGUUUGUUCUGGUUCUGCUCUUCCUGCCCGAGACCAAGGGAAGGACUUUGGAAGAGUUAGACAGAGUGUUCGAGGUUCCUACAAGGAGUCACAUGAAGUAUGGGUUGGCACAGGUUCCAUGGUUUUUCAGGCGAUACAUCUUCCGACAAGAUGUCCCAGCCCCCAAGAUAUUGGAAUUAGAAGAAUUAGAAGAUAUAGAGUACCACCCAGACGCCUUCCGGAACGGGAGCAAAGAUAUAGGUGAGGGGAACAGCGUUUAGGUAGGAACAGAGUUGUUUAUGGGUUUUAUUUAUUCCCUUUGUUUUCAAGAUUACCAGUUGGGGAACCCUUUCGAGUUAGUCUAUUAGACUAGACGUGCUCUAAGAACUUUUUUUUAUCCUA